UAGCUGCAGCCUCGGUGGCCUUUCACUCUACGAUGGCAACGGUUGUUGUGAUAAUGCUGCUGAGUUUGCGGUUGCACCUGCCCUUCCGCCAUACGUGGGAAACGCCCACAACGCGACGUCACGCACCUUUUAAAAAAACGGAGCAUGGCUUAACACGGCUCAGACAGUUGUCCCCCGGCCAUGUACGCAAACUGGGGUUAACAAGGAAACUGCGUGAAAGACGGGAUUUUAAGGAAGAUGAAAACCCUGAGGAGAAAGCUCGACGACACAAGGAGCUGGAGCUGAAGCCUCUGUAUAAGGAGCUGUUGUACACCAUCACUCACAAGAUGGGUAACCCGUCCUCAACUGAGGUCUUCACAAAUAAACAGCUUCAGCAGUAUAUAAAGGAGGCUUUCACUAUGACAGAGUCGGAGCACAACAGCCUGAUGGAGAGAGUACAGAGCACAGAGUCCCCAGUAUACUGCCUGAUGGCCACUGUAAAGGAAGCCAAAGGAAUCCUGGGAAAAGACGUCAGUGGCUUUAGUGACCCAUACUGUCUGUUGACCAUACUGGUGGAUGAGGAAGAGAGUCGAACACGCCAGUCCAGAGCCAAACCCUGUAAAUCUGUUGUAAAGGACGCUGUGUCAGAUGACAAAAUCUACCAAACAGACAUAAAGAAGCAGACUCUGAACCCAAUAUGGAACCAAACCUUUGUUCUGGAGUUUGAGGACAUUGUCGGCGCCAGCUUUCACCUUGAGAUGUGGGAUAAGGACGAAAUGGUUUCUCUCACCCAGAAGCUCGAGGAGAUCAAAACCAACUUUAAUAGUUUAAGAAGGAUGAUCAAGGAGGCCAAAAAGGAAAAAGGGACAGACGACUUUUUGGGAAAGGUUGUCCUAAAACUACAGGAUCUCCACUGUACUGAGGACAACUGGUACAAUCUGGAGCCCCGAACAGAGACAUAUCCUGAUCGCGGCCAGUGCCACCUGAACCUCAAGUUCAUCCAUAAAUCGAGAGACGGGACGCUGAGUGCCGGCCGCAGCGCUUACAUCAACUACUGUGGGAUUCUGCAGCAGUUUGUCCAGGCUUACAUCUCCAAGCAACAGAGUUCUGCUCCAUGGAAAGGGGCACUGUGUGGCGAGGCGCAGACUCUACUGGAGCUCUACGCUACGCAGAACGACCUCUCGCCUUUUCUCCAGGACCUGGCGAAGUGGGUGGCCUACAGUAAGCUGUACCAGAGCUUAGAGGUGGACUCGUCCGUGCUGUUCCAGCAGCUAACUAGUAUAGAGUACCACUGGCAUCAGCAGGCUCUGCCAUACCAACAGAAACAGGAACUUGGCGACUCUCUUCAUGGUUUCCUGCAGUACGGACUGUGUCUGGUGGCCAAAUACAGAGACAUAUUCCCCCCAACUCCCAGCGCGACUCCGAAACUACACACACUGCUCCGAAUCCUGGUCCAGAUCUGCAAGACUCAGGCAUUUCAGAAACUGAACCCAGCUCAGGUUGAGUUGCACGAUGAGGUCAACGAUGCCAUACAGACAGGCACGCAGGAGUGGUUUACCAUCAAAAAGGGCUUGCAUCAGCCAAUGACCAAGGAGCUGCCAGAGAUUGUUGGCGCCCUCUCCAGGUUGAUCGGGGAGGUGCAGGAAGACAUAAAACACAACAAGGAUGUCUGGAACAGGGUAUUUGUCAGUGCUGUGCAGGUGGAUGUAUUCACUGUCGUCUAUAAGAAGUUCGACUCCCUGCUCGCAAAGGAAGUUAGGGAAACAUUAUCUCUGAUUGAGGGCCAGAUGGAGCGGACUCUAGCCAACAGCCUGUUCCCUGUUUACCUGAGCUUACAGGCCAUCCACAAAGACAAGGCUUUCCUCCAGAAAAGGGGAUUACUUGAGCUGACAAACUUUCAAGAGGGCUUCAGAGAGGCUCUGCCUUACUGGCUGAACCAGGCAUUCAGCACAACUCAGGACAGGGUGGAGAGGGCUGUGCAGGUGGACCAGCUCCAGCCCCUGCAGUCUGGUGCUGUGCCCAUAAAACACAGUUCGUCAGCAGUGGACCUGGUGGCAUGUGUCCAGCCUAUCUGCCAGCUGUGGGAGCAGCUGUCCUGGCCUGACCCCGAGGAGGCCUUCAUGCUGAUGGUCAAACUCACCGAGGAUGUGUGUAAGAUUGUGGUGAACUACUGUCACAUCCUGAAGGAGAGGGUCCGAGUGCUGUCUGAGAACUCCGACCACGGCAGCGCCAUCAACAUGCUGUGUGUAGUGGUGAACGACUUGGAGCACUUGCGGUCAGUGCUCACCCGACUUCCAACGCAGCUGAACUGGACGGGGCUUCGCGACCGCACCCAAAAUGUGAUCGGGGAGAGCCAGUUCAACAACACCCUGCCCUUACAGCUCCAGCAAGCCCAGAGUGUGCUCGGCCGAGAGAUUCGCUCCGCUUUAGACACUCUUGGGAAAAAGUUGAACACAGACAUUGAGACUCAUGUCAGAAGCAUGUCGACCAGGCGGAGAAUUCCCUCCAAGUCCACGGAGGAUGCUGCGGCUCCUCUGAUGCGCUACCUGGAGCAAGAGCUGCAGUACAUGAACGAAAACCUGGUUCAAGAGAACUUCAACAGCCUCCUGACUCCAUUGUGGAAUAACUCUGUGAAGAUCCUCUACCAGGUGGCCACUCAGCAUCCACAGCAAGAAGGGCUCAUGGUGUUCUGCCAGAGACUGCUGUAUACACUGCAGUGCCUGGAGCAGUGCUUCCACGCCGAGGGGAACGGGCUCCCUCUGAGUGCACUCCACUCGGAGGAGUACAAGGCUCUGAAGGCUCACCUGACUCACAACUCUCUGAGCAGCCGGCAGCUUGUGGAGAAGUUUCUUGAAAGAAAAAUAUGGGAGCAGAAGGUGUACAGCGGAGAGAAGUACGGCGCAGUCACCCUCCUCACGUCUUACAGGAGAUCAGACCACAGACUCAGAGUUGAGGUGUUAAAUGCAGUCAAUCUCUUGCCAAUGGACUCUAAUGGUUUGAGCGAUCCGUUUGUGCAACUGUGCCUGGAGCCUUACCACAUUUUUCCUGAGGUAGAGCCUCGCUGCACUCAGAUCAAAAGCUGUGAUCUCAACCCUCUUUUUGAUGAAGCCUUUGAAUUUCUGGUGUCCCUGGAUCAGUGCCAGACUCAGGGGACAUGCCUGGUUGUGACGGUUCUGGACCAUGACACUUUGAGGACAGAUGAUUUUGAAGGUGAGGCCUUCUUGGCCCUCAAAGCCAUACCAGGAGUUGGAGGAAAGGAAGGGGAUGGACUCAGCACACAGCCAGACGCCAUCCCUGCUCAGAUCCGACUGCCUCUGAUGCAUCCCAAACCUAAUGAGGACAGCAUUCUGAAGUUACUGGAGUCCAGGAAAGGAGAGCGGGAGGCUCAGGCCUUUGUGAAGAAGCGCAGACAGAGAGAGAAGCAGUCCCAGGAGGGAACUCAUACGUAACAAACACACAGACAACAUCUUCCUCCAAAAAUAUAUGAUUUGUCUUUAAUGAUCUGUACCAAAAACAAAGAAGAAAUCCACUCAAGAGGGAAACACUGGUGUUGGAUGAGCUGUGUGUGGACAGUAUGCUGAGCAUGGGUUCAUCAAAGACCAUCACAGUGAUCAUGAACACUUUCACAUCUGGGUUAAAACCUCACACACCUUUAGAUAAUCAGUGCAAGAGAUAAGUAUGACAUCAUCAUCAACUAUAUUUUAUAUAUAUAUAUAUAUAUAUAUAUAU